AUGACAACUACUCCACGGCAGUUGCGCCACUUGACGGCUGCUCCCGUCGCCGUUGCUGCCUUCUGCCUGCUCUCAGGCCGUCCCUGCGCCGGGAAAGAAAAGUUACUCGCCACUUUCUACACCCCUCCUUACACACCGUCCAAGUGUUAUGGGAUCCACGAACACGGAGUUAAUGGUAGCGGCAGCCGACCAGGACACACUUUGGGACGGCGGCAACGCUUGCGGGAAGCGUUACAGAGUGAAGUGCUUGCACGGGACGAACAAAGGCGUUGA